AUGGCACUAUGGCAGUCCAUUGUUCCUGAACUAAACCGGACUCCGUCCAGGCCAAAACAAAUGGAAGGUGGAAAUGUUGUUGUCAAUGAUGAACAGAAAACGAUGAAGUCGUUCCCAUGUCAAUUUUGUUCUAGAAAGUUCUACAGCUCUCAAGCUUUGGGGGGACAUCAAAAUGCUCACAAGAAAGAAAGAACAGCAACAAGAAAAGCUAAAAGAGCGGCGAAUAAUAUUCGAUGCAAUAAUUUUACUUCUUUGAUUCCUCAACCUCCAUUGCUGUUUGCUCCAACAAAUCAUAUUGGGUAUCUUAAUCCAUCUCUUUAUAACUUCUGUCAGUUUCAAGGUCAACAGUUUGGAUCGGAUACGACUCGAUUCGAUAAUGUUAUGUUCUACAGAGACAACUACUUCCAUCAGAAUACUUAUCAUCAGUUUGAUCAAGAAGAUGAGCAUCAAAAGUUCUUGAAUUCACCAAGAAAUAUGGUUGUGAUGAGUGAGAGUAAAGAUACUCAAAAGCUUGAUCUUUCACUCCAUUUAUGA